AUGUUACAACAACUCUGCAAGCACCUGCGUUUGGCCGGUCUGCUGAUUGCCGCUGUGGCUGGUUUCCUCGCGGCAUUACUCGCGGUCCACCAGCUCGUGCUUCCUGUCGUCGGCUGGAUCUUUCCUUCCUUGGAAUCCACAUUCUUUGACCUUGCCGUCUACGGCGGUUACCCACAGCGGAAUUAUGUCUCCCACAACUUGACAUCUCCAGACCUUCAACAAGUACGAUGGGACGACAAAUGCGACAAUGGCUUCAUCUUUAUUUCCCCACAGGGCAAAUCGGUCGAACACCCUGGCCCAAUGAUCCUGGAUGCUAGGGGAAACCUGGUAUGGCAGACAGAUCAGUAUGGCCAGGCCAUGAACUUGAAGGUCCAGGAAUACAAAGGUGAAAAAUACCUUACCUUCUGGGCCGGUCACCGAGGAUCCAGCUUUGGCUAUGGAAACUACUAUAUGCUCGACUCUUCCUACCAAGAGAGAUACCAAGUAUCAGCCGUCGGCGAAGGCCUCCAGGGCGAUCUCCACGAGUUCACCAUUACAAAAGAUGGCUCGGCGCUUAUCACGAUCUAUAAUGUAACACAAACCGACAUGACGGCCAUGAGAAGGCCAGCGGAUGGCUGGGUCAACAACAAUCUGUUCCAGGAGGUUGACAUCGAGACGGGCAAGCUGCUGUUCCAAUGGAAUGCCCUCGAUCACUUCUCCAUCAUGGACUCAUUCUACACACAUCCGCUGGCCGGAUACUGGGAGUCAAUCCCCUUCGACUGGUUCCACAUCAACAGCGUCGAAAAAGACGACCAUGGCGAUUACCUUAUUUCAUCUCGUCACCUAAACUCCCUAAUCAAAGUCAACGGCACCACUGGCGACGUCGUGUGGACUCUUGGAGGAACAAGAAACAACUUCACAGACAUCUCGUCCGGCGAAGCAACAAGCUUCAGCUGGCAGCACGAUGGUCGCUGGCUGGAUCAGGACCAAGGCACCCUCACCGUCUUCGAUAACAGCGACGCCGGUCCUCUCCACCUCGACGCAUCCUACUCUACCGCCCGCAUGAUCCAGAUCAACACGACCGACUACACAGCACAACUCCUGCAUAAAUACAUCUCGGACCGACACACUCGCGCUGCCUCUCAGGGCUCCGUUCAGGUCCUUCCCUCAACAAACACCGUCUUUGUCGGCUGGGGCCAUUCGCCCGUCUUUUCGGAAUUCGACAUUGACGGCACAUUGAUCUGCGAAGCUCAUUACGGCGCACAGUACAUCUCGCACUACGGUCGUGUAACUUCCUACCGCUCUCUCAAGGCCGAUUGGGUCGGCGCGCCCGUUGAGGCCCCGAGAGCCAAAAUUCAGGCUGGACGGCUUUACGCAUCAUGGAGCGGCGCCACCGAAGUCGCAACCUGGACACUGCAAUCUGCCGACUCCUAUACCAAUGCACCCUUUGCGGAUGUCGAUGUAGUCGACAAGAUUGCUUUCGAGACGUCAUUCGUCCUCCCCGAUACAAAUUCGAGAACGCAAUAUCGCGUUGCUGCUUCCGACGACGAAGGGAACAUCCUUGCAUACUCCGAAGUCGCAACCGAAGACCCAACAACAGCGAAGAGCGUCUGGAGCGUAUUACUCCCACUCGGCGGCGUCUUUGGCGUCAUCACCGGUUUCUGGGCCGUACGGCGCUUUAGAAAGGGCGAGCGCGUGCUCCCCAAAUGGAGAAGGAGAUCGAACAGCUAUUCGCACAAGUACAGCCGCUUGUAG